AUGGUUAGCUCCACCAAAGUCGGUUGCCCCACACCAACUACCCCAAGCACCCCAAAAACUCCAAAAACCCCAAAAGCUCCUAGCACUCCAAAAACUCCAAGCACCCCAAAAGCCCCGAGUACUGGUGGGCACAAGGGCACGUGCCCCAAAGACACUCUAAAGUUGGGAGUUUGCGCAAACUUGCUUAACGACCUUGUCCACCUAGUCGUGGGGACCCCACCAAAGACCCCUUGCUGCACCCUAAUCAACGGCUUGGCUGACCUCGAGGCAGCCGUUUGCCUUUGCACGGCUAUCAAGGCCAAUGUCCUCGGCAUUAACCUCAAUGUCCCAGUUUCCCUUAGCCUCCUCUUGAACUACUGUGGCAAGAAGGUCCCAUCUGGCUUCCAGUGUGCCUAA